AUGCCUCACGAUGACCCCCGAGUGGAGUGGAUUAAAAACGCAGUAUGUGUGAUGUUUGACUUGCCUGAUUCAGGCUGCUUUGAGGAGUUACUCAGUCGCGGUGAUGGAGAGGAAGAGCAGAAAAUCAUACACUUUUUAAACGUAGUCACGGGGGAAGAGGCGCCCUCAGCGCUGUUUUUCUUCAAGAAUAUACGAGAAGAAGAGGUUGAAGUGGAAAUUCAUGUUGGUGAAUUUAAAUUGCACAUUCCAGACAUGGAUUUGGAGGGUGGAGUGGAGGUGCUCUUGUCUAAUCCAGGCAUGGUGGAGAAACUAGAGCAGUGUGUGAUGAAUUGGCACACACAAAUCACAAUUGUCAUUGAAGAGCAGAAAAGAAAGAAACCACAGGGACCCGGUCCUUUGGCAGAAAUUGAGUUUUGGCGUGAACGUGUUGCUGUCUUCAGUAGUUUGAGUGAGCAGCUGAACCUGCAAGUGGUGAAGAAGAUUCUGGACGUGAUGACCCGUGCCGACUCAUUCAUAAUGCAGGAACUGGAAAAGACCACGGCUGAGCUUAGCAAAUACCAUGAGGAGUCUGUCAAUAAUGUACAAUUCCUCACCACAAUGGAGAGACACUUCAGGAACCUUGUCACAGGACUGGAUUUCAAAGUGGUCUUGGACACUAUUCCUGAACUGAUGAACGGGCUGCGUAUGAUCUGGAUAUUAUCCAGGCAUUACAACACAGAUGAGCGUUUGGAAUCUCUGAUGGAACGCAUUGCCUGGGAACUGUCUGAACGGGUUGCAAGAGUCGUGAAUGUCCGUGUUCUGUUUAAAGACAAGAGGGUAGUGGCCAAAGCCAAGGCUCAGGAUGGAAAGCAAGUCCUGGAUCAGUGGAAGGCCAGUUAUUUUGAGGUCCGUGCACGGAUUGAGAAAUCAGACCGAGAUCCCCGCUGGGAAUUUGAUCGCAAAAAACUGUUUGAAAAAACAGACUAUAUGGCUUCAAUCUGUCAAGACUUGUAUAACAUCUUGCAGACUCUGGAUGAGUUCUACAUUAUUUUUGGACCGGAGUUAAAAGCAGUGACGGGUGAUCCAAAGCGAAUAGAUGAGGUUUUACACCGUGUAAACUGCCUCGUCGAACCCAUUGAGGAAGUUUCCUUUGACCCUUUUGACAUCCGCAAAAUGAGCAGUUGGAAAAUGGUCAUGCAAGAAUUUAGAACGGAAGUUCAGGCAAUUGAAAGAGAAGCUAUCAAUUUCAUCAAUUACUCCUUCAAGACGCUGCGUUCCUCAUCGGCAGCCUUUGACCUGCUGCUGAAAUUUAAACACAUCCGCUCCAGAGAUGCCAUCAACAAUCAGUUGAUGAAGAAGUUUAAUGAUAUUCUUGCUCAGUACUGCAAAGAGAUGGACCUUCUAAAUGACCUAUUCAUGAAGCUCAAAGAUAGUCCACCUCUCAAUAAGAAUAAUCCUCCUGUGGCAGGAGCCAUUAUUUGGGAGCGUUUCCUGCUAGACCGCAUGAGGUACCCCAUUAGACGUUUCAAGGAGGCACGUGAGAUGAUGGACAGUGAAGAGGGCAAAGCAGUGGUAUCCAAAUUCUUAGAGGUGGCUAUGCGUAUGAGGGACUAUGAAGUGGAGCUGUUUAACCAAUGGAAAGCAGAGACUAAUCAGACUCUGUCCCUCCUGAUGAAGAGAAGUGUGCUGAUCAUGGCUGCUCAGGGGUCAGAGAAGGCUGUGGAAAAGGAUGUGUGCUACUCUGUCAAUUUUGCCCCUGAACUGCAGGAGAUCAUAUCUGAGACCAAGUAUCUGGAUCACUUGGGCAUCUUAACACCAAGUGAGGCACAAAAUGUUGCUCUGCAGGAAGACAAGUUUCUGAGGCACAUAAAAGGACUGAACAAGUUAGUAAACCGUUACCAUUCUCUGAUGGACAAUCUAAAUGAUGCUGAGUUCUCACUAAUGGCUGAUCAGGUGCAGGAACUGAGGCGAGAGCUAAGCUUUGGGUGCAGAAGAGUCAACUGGAAUUUUCUAGGUAUACCACAAUUCGUCCAACGUGGAAACCAGGCCACUUCAAAAUUUGAGUCCCUUGUGAACCAAAUUCAGAAGAAUGAACGAGACAUUGACGAUAAACUUAAAUCCAUUGAAUUGGCAAACCUUUUCAAAUUUCCAAUGGCAGAUAAAAAUGGAUACCUACCAGGAAUUAAGGAGUUCUGUGACUUCAUUGAGUGUGAGAGGGCAAAAGCAAUGAACCUUCUUGUAAAUAAGUAUGCAGCUAUCAGUCCACUCCUCACCAAGAUAGAGAGUCUGAUUAUGGGAACCAGCACUGGCAAAUCCAAACGCAUGGCUCAAUUCUACGCUUAUUGGGAGCACAAGAUCUUUGAUUCACUUCGCAAGAUGGUGCUUCACAAUAUUCAAGCUUUUAACACCGCACUGAUGGGCACUACUCCACUCUUCCAAAUCGACACCAUCCUAGCUGCACCUGAGAUUGCUUUGCUUCCCAAGAGCAGUGAGGUGUACAAGCUCAUUAGACAGUGUGUCGGUGACUGUGUGGAGAGCACCAGGCUGUUUGUUCGCUGGAUGCAUGGCAGUUGUAUCCAAUGCCCUCCACAGCAUGUGGAUGGUGAAGACAAACCAUUCAUCUUCACUUUUUACAGUGAAGUAUGCCAGCUUCCACAGAUAAAUGAGCAAGCCACAGCCAUCUCCCAGACAAUGCAGCGUCUCCUUAAUGGAAUCAGUGCCUACCUCAAAACCUGGAUGAGCUAUCGCUCUCUCUGGAAACUCGACAAGGCUAUUGUUAUGGAGAAGUUUGCAGCCAAGAAGCCCUCAUGUGUGAUGUAUGAUGAGAAGUUUCAGUUUUAUGUCAGGGUCAGCAAUGAGGUGGCAAAGCAGCCCUUGGUGAAGCAUGAACACAUAAUCAGACUGAACCUGGAGCCACUGGCCCGUGCCGUCCAGGAGAAUGCUCAAGCAUGGGUCACUUCUCUUGGCAGGCUGCUCAAUGACUCGGCCCGAGAGGAGCUUUUCAACUUGCGCAAUGAGCUGUUGAUAUUGUCAGAUAAUUUGAAGAGGAGCCCCAAUAACUUGGAGGACCUGAAAUUUGUUCUGGGCACAAUUACAGACAUUAGAGAUAUGUCUCUCUCAGUGGAGAUGAGAAUCAGUGAUAUUCAAGAGAGAUACAGGACUCUGAGCAUGUACAAUGUGGAGACUACAGAGGAGGAGGUCUCGUUUAAAUGA